AUGCUUUAUUCUUCUCUAAGCACUAAAAAAAAAUCAGCUGUUAUUGCUCUCAGCGGUGGAGUAGAUUCUGCUGUAGCUGCUUAUCUUCUCAAAGAACAAGGUUAUCAAUUAAUUGCGGACUUAAAACAAGGACUAACUCCUAACCCUGAUAUUUUGUGUAAUAGUUCAAUUAAAUUUUUGGCAUUGGUAGAUUAUGUUCAAAAGCAUUUCAACCCUGAUUUUCUGGCUACCGGACAUUAUGCAAAAAUUAUUGCUGGUGAAAACCAAGAAAAGUAUUAUUUAGGCAAGGUUAAAGACCAAAACAAAGACCAAACUUAUUUCCUUUGCCAAAUACCACGAGUUGUUUUCCCAAAAUUAAUUUUUCCUUUGGCUGACUUGACUAAGCCCGAAGUUCGCCAAAUCGCCGAAAAAAUGAAACUAAUUAAUGCUAAAAAAAAGGAUUCAACCGGAAUUUGUUUUAUUGGUGAACGAAAUUUUGAUAAGUUUUUGGCUAAUUACUUACCCCCAAAAGAAGGAAAUAUAAUUGAUAUUGACAGUGGGAAAAUUAAAGGCAAACAUCAGGGAAACUAUUAUUUCACAAUCGGACAAAGACAUGGUAUUGGUUUACAAGGAGAAAAAGAACCUUAUUAUGUGGUAGGCAAAGAUAUAAAAGAAAAUUUAAUUUAUAUAGCCAAAAAUUGA